AUGCCCAAAGUUGUUUCAAAAUCUCAGGUCUCGUCAUCGAUAGACGCUAAACCUACCCCGUCCUCAGCAGCCACUCUUCGGGUUUAUUAUUGUAUUUGUGGGGAAUUCAACCUCGUAAUUGACAAAACACUCGCCGCCCUUCCCCGGCGUCAGACGGACGGAGCAACAAUCGUACAAACUCAAGAUAAUGAACUUGGCGCGGCCCGCGUAUUCAAGUUGAAUGCAAAACCAAAUUCAGAACCAGUCUUACUCAAGAGGCCAGAAGGCUACGAGCGAAGAUACAGCUUUGCAUGUCCACGGUGUACCCUUCCAAUCGCCUACCAAACUGCCCCACCGCCCGUCAAAUCCAAUCCAUACCUUUACAUCCUAUCCGGAGCUUUGAGUCAAGCGCAAGGUCAGAUACCAUUAGAUGCGUUUGAAGGGGAGGAAACUGCUGAAGGAAUGGAUCAGCAACCGUGA